AUGACUUCUGCCGCCGCAUGUAUGGGUCACUAUCUUAUUAAUUUGGGGCUGAUCCAGGAGGCUGGAAGGCAUACAGAGAUUAAGAAGCCACCGGUGGCACCCAAGCCAAAGUUUGCAAUGUCAAAUAAUAAGCCUGCUCCUCCACCUGUCGCUCCUAAGCCUGACGUUGUGAUUUCUAGUUCCGCACGGUCAACAAAGAAGCCCAAGCCAGCCAUAGCCCCCAAACCCAAAGUUCUAAAGGACUCACCUGCUCAAGACCUUAGACCAUCACCAUCAAGGAAAAAUGCUGUGAACCAGGAAGAACACAAACAGAAAGGACCCGCAAACCCUGAUGACUGUAAUGGUAAAACUGUAGGGGGCCAGAGCAGCAGUGCUCUUUUACCUCCCUGCACCUGCGGCUCUGAGUGUCUCCACAAGCUUGGGAAUAGAGGGCAUUUAUGUGGAAAGCAGCUUAUUAUAGAGCCCCUGGAAAUGUACAAAACCGUUGAAAAUAGUAAUAUUGACGAGUUCUCUCUCAGUGUCAAUACAAGGAAUAAAUGCGAGUCUCCUGGUGAAAAGGUAGAAAAUGAGGGUGAAGUUGUUUUAAAGGCAGGCCUCCUAGAAGAGACCCCGAAAGAUGUCUUAUCACAAGGAAUGUCACCUUUCCAUUUAACACACAAGCACAGCACCACAGACACCCCAGAACUGAAUGGUGGCUGCAGUUCAAACAAGCAGUUCACAGAUGGAUUAACUGACUCAUUACAAUCCUCGUCUAGCAUUGAGAGAGCUCCUGAAAAUCACCACCUAUCACAACCUCCAAAUGAUGAAUUUCAAAAAGUUGAAAUGUGUCAGGACGGUGAUGGAAAAAGCAGUAAUUGCUGCCACCCAUCUGAACAAGAAAAUCUAGAAAAUAGUAAUGGCAACAAUAUUACCUGUUCAGGUGGAGUUAAUAAGGAAUCGGAAGUCAGUGACUUUGGCCCCUUGGAGAUCCACUUAGUAACAUAUCACAAAAAAUUCCCAACUCCCAAGCCCAGAAAGACACGCAUUGCUCGUCUGAUACGCCAAAGGUAUAUCGAUGCCCCUAGUGCAAGUACUGAGGAGCCUCCUCAUUCAGACACUAACCCUCCUUGCCUUACUGAAGACAGUUUUAAGAACAGCACAAGCAGUAUUCUUCCUCAGAGCGCUUCAUGUGACGAAGAGCAAGUGAAUAAGGUGGAGCAAGGAAGUGAAAGUGAAUUGAACCCGCAUCCCGGCAGUGACAGAAAACAUCUAGCUGGUUCCCAGAAAGCCGUGUGUUUUAAAACUUCUAUUGAAAAUGUGGCACCUUCGUUAGAUACAGCCUCCAGUUUGAGUACUGACCUUAAGAUAGUCGAUGACUGUAGUUUGUCUCUUGAUAGAGAACGUGAAACCAGUUUUUUAAGAUGCAACACUCUGUCUAUGAGCCUGCCGAACCACAUCAAGUUAACAUACAAAGAACAUUUGCCCAGUGCAUGUAACCUGGGACUGCCUACCCCUCAGCUGCAAAAGGAACCUCCAGUAAAGAAUGAAAAUUCUUUGAGAAUCAUCCCCAAAAAGCCUCAGAGGCACAGCUUGCCAGCUGCAGGGGUGCUUAAAAAGGCUGCAUCUGAGGAGCUUGUAGAGAAAAGUUCUUAUCCCUUAAAUGAAGGGGAAAAGGCAGAGGAAAGUCUAGAAAGAAUUCACCUUAAGCAUGACUGUACCCCAAACCCUGGUAUGUCUUCCUCCUUUGAUGUACCCAAACAGACUUCAGAAAAGCCAGUGUGGAAAUUACCUCAUCCUAUUUUACCCUUUUCAGGGAAUCCGGAAUCCUUAAAGUCUGUGAGGACGUCUUUGAGUGCUAGUCAGCCUGCACCUGCACUCACCAAGCCCAGAGCGAAGUCGCUCUCCGCAGUGGAUGUGGAAAGGAGUACGAAGUCUUGCAAAGAACCUCCAAAGAAAAACUCUUUUAAGAAGUUGCUCAACCUGAAGUUGUCCGUCUGUUUCAUGAAAAGUGACUUUCAGAAGUUUUGGUCCAAGAGCAGCCAACUUAGAGACACGACCACUGGCAAAAAGACUGAAAAUGAUUGGCAUGGCUUAUUGGUAGGAGAAGAAAAGAGGGGCAAACCUGUUAAAGCACAUUCUGCUGAUAACUACAGCCUGGAAUCCCAAAAGAAGAAGAAGUCUCGGGGCCAGAGCAGCAUUGCCAAUGGUCCCAGAGCUGAGUCUUUGGAUGACCAAAUGCUCUCCAGGGAGACAUCAUCGCAGGACCCUUGCAAAUCUGUGACGAGUAUCAGUGCACCCGAGUAUGAAAACAUAAACUGUUAUGCGAAGAUACCGGAGUAUGAGAACUUGCCAUUUGUUAUGGUUGUAGGGAAAACUCCAGAGUUUGAAUCACGUAAUUCCAGCAGUACGGAAGACACUUAUGAAAAUGUGUACGAGAUACAAGACCCUUAUGAAGCUUCUGCUCCUCAGCUGCAACUUGGGCCAACACUUCAGCAUUGCAGUUCUGGAGCUUCCCAUGAGGCACACAGUGAUCUGGACCUGGGGCUGGAUGACCUGCCCUCAGAUGAGGAGGAAGUCAGCAACAGUUCCGAUGAAGAUGACGUCAGCUCAGAAUCUAGUAAAGGAGAGCCCGACCUCCUGGGAGAGAAGCAGGGUGAGGACACGAGAAUGAAAUGUAAAGUUCAUCACAUUGCCAAGGAGAUCACAAGCUCUGAGAAAGUGUUUGUGGAUGUGUUAAAACUUUUACAUAUUGAUUUCCGGGAUGCUGUAGCUCAUGCUUCUAGGCAGCUUGGAAAACCAGUGAUUGAAGAUCGAAUUUUAAAUCAAAUCCUCUACUACCUGCCUCAACUGUAUGAACUCAACCGAGAUCUCCUAAAGGAACUAGAAGAAAGAAUGCUGAACUGGACUGAACAGCAAAGAAUUGCUGACAUCUUUGUAAAGAAGGGACCAUAUUUAAAAAUGUAUUCGACAUACAUCAAAGAGUUUGAUAAAAACAUCGCUUUGCUGGAUGAGCAGAGCAAGAAAAACCCAGGCUUCGCUGCUGUCCUUCGAGACUUUGAGAUGAGCCCACGCUGUGCUAAUCUGGCCCUCAAGCACUACCUGCUCAAACCUGUUCAGAGGAUCCCCCAGUACAGGCUGCUGCUAACAGAUUAUUUGAAGAAUCUCCUAGAAGACUCCGGAGAUUACAGAGACACUCAAGAUGCACUUGCUGUUGUUAUAGAGGUUGCCAACCAUGCAAAUGACACUAUGAAACAAGGAGACAAUUUUCAGAAACUUAUGCAAAUUCAGUACAGUUUAAAUGGCCACCAUGAAAUAGUGCAGCCUGGACGGGUCUUUCUGAAAGAAGGAACCUUGAUGAAGCUUUCCCGGAAAGUGAUGCAGCCUCGAAUGUUUUUCCUGUUUAAUGAUGCCCUGUUGUAUACAACGCCGGUGCAGUCUGGGAUGUUUAAAUUAAACAACAUGCUGUCAUUGGCGGGAAUGAAGGUCCGGAAGCCCACCCAGGAAGCAUAUCAGAAUGAACUAAAGAUUGAAAGUGUGGAGCGCUCCUUCAUUCUCUCAGCCAGUUCUGCCGCAGAAAGGGAUGAAUGGCUCGAAGCAAUUUCCAGGUCAAUUGAGGAGUAUGCCAAGAAAAGAAUCACGUUCUAUCCUAGUAGGAGUCUUGACGAGGCUGACUCGGAUAAUAAAGAGGAAGUUAGUCCCCUUGGAUCAAAGGCUCCUAUCUGGGUUCCCGAUACCAGAGUCACCAUGUGUAUGAUCUGCACAAGUGAAUUCACUCUGACCUGGAGACGACACCACUGCCGGGCCUGUGGAAAGAUUGUAUGUCAAGCUUGCUCAUCAAAUAAAUAUGGUUUAGAUUACCUGAAAAAUCAACCAGCAAGAGUAUGUGAACAUUGUUUCCAAGAACUGCAGAAAUUAGAUCACCAGCACUCAACUAAGAUUGGAUCUCCAGGAAGUCACAAAUCCCCUUCAAGUGCCUUAUCAUCAGUCUUACAGAGUAUUCCAUCAGGGAGGAAACAGAAAAAAAUCCCAGCCGCUCUCAAAGAAGUAUCUGCAAACACGGAAGAUUCUUCUAUGAGUGGCUACUUGUACAGAUCAAAGGGCAAUAAAAAACCUUGGAAACACUUGUGGUUUGUCAUAAAAAAUAAAGUGCUGUACACAUACGCUGCAAGUGAGGACGUGGCAGCUUUGGAGAGCCAGCCUUUGUUAGGAUUCACUGUCUCUAAAGUCAAAGAUGAGAACUCGGAGUCUAAAGUAUUUCAGUUGCUGCACAAAAACAUGCUAUUUUAUGUAUUCAAAGCAGAAGAUGCUCACUCAGCUCAGAAGUGGAUAGAAGCAUUUCAGGAAGGCACGAUAUUGUAGCAGUAUCAGUUUCAUCUCGUCAGCAAUUCCAAAUGGAUGAAAUUUCAUCAAAACAGAGUAAAAGCAACAGAAAAAUUUUAUAAAAUGAAACAUUGCCAGGAUUAAUCCAGCCAAGCUGUCAGUUUGGUCUAUAAAAUUACUUUUCUAGGUAUAAGGUAUUUUUUUUAGGUGUUUAUUUUUUUCAUAUAUGUUAUUUAUUAACUAACACCUUGUGUGUUUACUGAUUGGUCAGAAUUAUUUCUGAGACUCACACUGAAUUCUAAAUUACCUUUUCUUUGAAGACCUGAAAUCUUCCUUAAAUAUACUGUAUUAUCUUUUUUUUACACAGUCAACACCGUUUUUCUACCUUACAUUGUAACAUUCUUACAUGUGGUAAAUCUUUGUAAAUAAAAAACAUAGCAAGGGUCAAAUUUCCAUGCUGUGUGGUUCAAAAAUGAUGGUUAUUAUAAAACUAUUGGUGAAAAAUAUACAUGUCUUUGAAUCAGUUCAAUAGAUUUAGAUAAAUUUUUCUACCUUUUAAUG